AUGGUCUCAGUACAUAGACCAAAAGAACGAACGAAAUCCGAAUAUCAACGUGAAUUUACAUGGAAAAACGAUACUCCUCCCGCUACACCACCCGCUCCAUCACCUGCACCUGUUGCCCCCUCCCCCAUACCACAAGAGUCAUGUAACACUCCCGAACCAGUAAAAUCAUCGUCUAAAUCAAAUACGAUGAAUGCACCUACUAAAUUGGAAAAAUUCUCGGCUAAUAAUGCUGCCGACAAAUGGAAAGAUGGUUUACGAAAUAAAAAUUCUCCGGAGUCGAGACAAUCAACACUUGCCUCAAGUCUGGAUCAUCAAACGAAAAAGAUUGUAGCUUUAGAGGCGAAUCGCCUUUCCAAAAAAUCUCGUUCUUAUUCAAUGUACUCUUUACAUGAUCAAUUAAAAGUAGCGGAAGCUGCGAGUGAUUUGUCAAGUCCUUACGAAACUGAAUAUAAACGUGAAUUUGUAAACUGGAAGGAAUACGGUACCGCCGUAAGAGAAGAUACGGCGGCAAAUAAGAAGAGUCAGGUUGUCGACCAUACUUUAAAGCGAAGAGGUUCUUGGUCUGCUCCUUCUUUGCCUGCUCCUCUUAAAUGGCUGGAAGGUUUGAAUUUAGAGAUUGGUUCACGUGAUAAGUUACAACCAACCGUAACUGAUGCUAAAUCUAUAAGAGGCAUAACAACCAAGAUAACUGCCAAAUCUUCAUUACAACGUCCGUCCACCUCGGCCGAAUUUCGCGACUAUCAUUAUGAUGACAAACGUCCCACCACCUCGGCAGAGUAUCGCGAUUAUCAUUAUGAUGUCAAACGUCCGACCACCUCUGCAGAUUAUCGCGAUAACCAUCAUGAUGUCAAACGUUCGAACACCACAGAGUAUCGUGAUGCUUAUAGUAAUGGCAACCGUCCGAACACUUCUGCAGAUUUACGUGAUUACUCCCGUCCCAUGACGUCCGCGGAAUUACAUGAUUAUCAUAAUGAUGACUAUUAUGGUUCAAAACGUGAUGGUAAUUCAACUUCAAGGAAAGAAUCCCCGUUACGUUCUUCCACAACGAUGGGUUAUUAUGAUGAUCGUGAACAACAUAAUAGUAACAGGCGGGAUCUUGAUUAUUUGGAUGGUCGUAACGAUAGAAAAUAUAGCGAUCGUAAACGAGAGAUUGUUUAUGAUGAUCGUCGUCGAGAAAAUGAAUACGAUUAUCGUAGACGGGACGACAAUGGUUAUGAGAAGGAACAUGACUCUAAAUAUAAUAGUCGACCCGUGCAAACCUCUGAUCAAGAAUAUUAUAACCUUGAUCAUUCCAGAAACCUUUCAUAUUCUUCAUCAAAUAAGGGUUCGGUUCAUGAUGAGCCAACAGGUUUAUCCGGAACGACUCCUUAUUUGGAGGCAUUGCGUCAUCGGUCUAGUGUUAGUUCUGUAAGUUCCGUAUCAACGCCGAGUUCACCGGCAACUCCAAAUGGUUAUGAUAUCAAUGAUUUACGUUGGAGAAGAAGUAAUGGUUUGGAUCCACGUAUUUAUAAAGAACAAUAUUAUUCUCCUUCAAUAGCUUCAAAAUCUUCUUCAGGUUAUUCGAGUAAACGUCAAUCUCGUGAUUAUAAACCACAAAAUUCUGCCCUAGCGCGUGAUGGUUAUGGAAGGAAACCACAAACGUAUUCAAAUUAUUCUUCACGUCCACCGUCACGUGCUACAAGUGUCAGCAGUCACGGAACUUCAAUAGAAGAAGAAUCUGCUAUACUUACAGACAUGCUUAAAGAGGCUGAUUUGAUGACACUAAGAAAUUUAACUGAUCAAAUGAAUGUAUUUAGACACAGAGAUUUUGAUGUUGGAGGAGUUCAAAAAGGAGUUCCAAAAGGAGUCCAAAAAGGAGUCAAGAAUACAGGUCGUUCCACACCUGUUGUUAAUACUGCCAAGAAGCCUUCUCUUGUUGCUGGUCAGAAGAAACCUGCAACGACAACAACUAAAGCAGGUAUAAAAACAUCAAGGACGACAACUACAACAAAACCGUUAACAAGAACACCUACGAAAACAGGUAGCAAUCCCACACCUGGAAUUCCUCCUAAUAAAAAGAAAGGUCAUCGUCCGACUUCUUCAUUAGCUUCCGUUUCUUCAAUAUCUUCAACCUCCUCAUAUCGUGAAGCAUAUCAAGAUUAUUCAAGGCCUCCUCCAACAAAUUUCUCUGCCGCAAGAGAAGCUUUAAAUAGAGCAAGAAUGAAAGUUGAAGAAAUGUUGGAAAUUGUAAGCAAUGGUGGUUCCUUAGAUUAA